AUGACACGUUUGGCUCAGUUUGUAGUGACUCUACUUGCUGUACCAGCGGUCGCAGCAGACGAAGGUGGCGGCAGUUCGGACUCGCGUUCCGACAGCAGCGAGGACGAAGUGACCGAGCACGUAUCACAACCGCCCACUAUGGCCGCUGCCAGGGCACAGGUACCGAUACAAGUGCCUACUAUAAGCGUGACGCCACACAGUCCGGGCUUGCUUGAAGAUAGUCUUCAACAAUUAAGACGGUUACACGCGGCGGUACAGCGUAUGCGAGCGGCUCCUUUACCACUAUUGGCCACAGGUACCUGUCGUCUAAGUACAUCUUGUCCGUCGCUUUGCAAAGAUGGCGCGGUUGAGCCUGAGUGCUCGUCGCCUACCCACCUGGACUUCUAUCCUCAAAGUAGAAAAGGAAGUGCUGAAUCUCGACAAUGGGGUAUGUGGGAGAGACGUGACGAAGGGAGACGUAGCUCGUGGGCCGCGCUCGAGCCCGGUGCGCGGUUGCAUGACGCGCAAAGGCAGAGAAGCACACUCAAUGGCCAUAGCGCUUCGCUCUCGUCUAUGGAAUCAGAAGGCGAGGUACCGAGGCCGGUCCGACAUUCAACACAUUCAUUAAACGACAAUGAUCUCGCUAAGGAGUUCGAGAAGGUGACGGCGGCGCUGCGCGCGGCGGGGCGCGCGGGGUCGCCGGCCGCGCGCCUGGCGCCGCGCCUGCCGCUGCAGAAGUCCGUGUCCACGCCCAGCAUCGUGGCCGCCGUGCAGCCGCCGCCCGCGCCGCCCGCCAACGCCAUGACUCGCGGCGGUGCGAGCGAGACGGAGAGCGACGAGGACGCCCCGCCCGCCCCCACACCGCGCAGGAGUGCGCAGGAUCUGGGCCUCCAUCGCUUGGCCUUCUUGGAACAGGUGGCGUAUGAUCAUCAUGCUGAGAAAAGACGAAAACGGGGCAGUUUGUUCUUCAGAAAAAAGAAAGACAAAUCUCGUAAAGGCUCGCACACGUGGCAGGCGGCGGUGGCGGGCGGGCACUGCGACUGGUGCGCGCGCGAGCUGGCCGACCAGCCCGCCUUGUAUUGCGAGAAUUGUACCAUGACAGUACAUCAAAACGUGUGCAAAGACUACAUAGUGGAGUGCAAUAAACCUAAAUCUUCAAAGUUCUCAUUACAGUCUUCAGUGGGGAAAUCGUUGAGUGCAAGUAGCGGGAAGAGUAGCAAGCGAAGUUCAGUGUCCGGACAAUCUCAAAGCACCAAUAGCACGAGCCAUAUUUAUAACGACGAUAAAGACGGAUCAGAUCACAAGCAUGAUCAGAGCAAUGCGUCGGACGACGCGGCGGGCGCGGAGUGGCCAGAAGUAUACAUCACACCGGACCAGCUCGGCGAGGAAGCAAUACUCUUGGGCCUGGGAGCGUGUGAGCCCGACACGUGGGCUGCUGGUGCACCUAAAGGACUUGCUAAAUCAAUUGGCGACAGAGAAACAAAACGGCAAGAACACAUCUAUGAACUUAUUUUGACGGAGAAACAUCAUUGUCUUACAAUACGACUUAUGCAGAAGAUGUUCUCGGACGGCAUGGCGCGUUUAGCGGUUGUGUCGGAGGCGCAGGUGGCGCGCAUGUUCCCGCGCCUCGACGAGCUGUGGGCGCUGCACGCCGCGCUGCUGGCCCGCCUGCGCGCCCGCCAGCGCGCCGCGCCGCGCGUAGCCUCCGUCGCCGACAUACUGGCCGACACCUUCGCGCCGCCCGCACACCAGCGGCUGAAGGCAGCUUACGGUGAAUUCUGUGCGCGUCAUCGUGACGCAGUGGAAGUGUUCAAGGAGUGCUGCGCGCGUGAGCCGCGGCUGGCGAGGUUCAUACGGAAAUGUCAACAGAACCCUCUGUUAAGGAAGAAGGGUGUCCCCGAAUGCGUGCUAUUUGUAGCGCAGCGGUUAACCAAGUAUCCGUUGCUACUCGAGCCGUUGCUGAAGACGGCCGGCGACGACGUCGGUGAGAGGGAGUUGUUGCAGAAGGCCUUGUGUGGAGUCAAGGAGAUUCUAGUAGACGUAGAUAAUCAAGUGGCAGCUAAAGAGCGGGAGGACCGAAAGUUGGAAAUAUACCAUCGCAUCGACGCCAAGUCCUUCGCCAACUUCCGAGGGCGGAAGUUCAAGAAGAGUGACAUUUUACAAGGCAAUAGGAGUUUAAAGUUCGAAGGUGUAGCAACGCUGAUGCAGGGACGCAGCAAGAUGCAGACGCUGCUUGUGAUCGUGCUGACGGACGUGCUGUUCUUUUUGCACGAUAAUAAUAAUAAAUACACCUUCUUCACACCUGAUAAUAAGACAGGCGUAGUGUCGCUGUGGAAGCUACUAGUGCGGGAGAAGGCAGGCGCGGAGGGCCGCGGCCUCUACCUCAUAUGCAACGGCCCGCCCGAGCCGGAGAUGUUCGAGCUGCGAGUGCACCGCCCCAAGGAUAUCGCUGGCUGGAUACAUGCUAUUAGAGGCGCAGUGCAAAGUUGCCCGGAGGAGCGCGAGGAGGCGGAGGCGGGCGCGGCCGCCACGUCGGCGGAGGAACGCCAGCGGCAGCUGGAGGCGAGGCACGAGAAUAUAAGACUGAUUACUGACGAAACACCGUGGUGGCAUAUCGAAGAGGCUUUAAGAGCUAAGGACAGAGAGCAUGCUCAAUUGUUAGAAGAGAAAAUGGCGUUACACAUGAAGAUGGUCGGUCACACUGGCACCUCCACACUGGAUGUACCUACUACCGGCAUAUCAUCGAGCACGUUCCCGGGCGGGCUGGUGUUCCCGGACUACGUGCGGCUGGCGGCGCCGUCGCCCGACACGCACGCGCUGUGGCACGAGGUCUGCAAAGUUGUGAAGGACGCCCUGGAGGCGUCGAGCGCGGGGUGGGCGGCGUGGGCGGGCGGCGGCGCGCUGGGCCGCAGCACCAGCUCGGCGGGCGAGCGCCACUCCGCGCACUACCAGAGCCCCGCGCUGCCGCGCCGCGCCGACACCUUCGCCGGCUUCGACGCCUCGCAGCACAGGGAUAUUCGGGGGUCGGGCGUGACGGUGCGCGCGGCGGCGUCCGAGGCGCCCGGCGAGGGCGAGGCGGCGGCCCUGCGGCUGCAGCACGCCGUGUACACGCUCGCCUGCAUCGUGUGGCAGCAGCUCACCACCAUACACAGCCUGGAGGCGCAGGUGUGCGCGUGGCGCUCGCACGGCGGCGGCGGCGGCGGCGCGGCGCGCGCGCACGACGCGCAGCUGGAGGAACUGCGCCACGCGCAGGCGCGCCUCACGGCCGAGCGCGCCGGCUGGGAGGCGCAGCGCGCGCGAGACCGGGACGCGCUCGAGCACGAUCGAAGACAACUGCAAGCGGCGCGGCAGGAACUGGAGGAACAACAGAAGGACGUGGAGCAACAGAGGGAGAGGUUGUAUCGACGGUUAGAGAGACUCCAACAACAUGGUGGGUCUCAAGAAGAAAUCGCUAGUGUGGGCACUCUCUCACCGGACUCGAGCGUCAGUGAUACGAAUAGACGGAAAGAGCCCAAGUGGAGGAACAACCGCGGCUCGACGGGGUCGGAGGGGUCGUGCGCGGCGCUGCCGCCGCCGCAGCUGCUGUCCGCGCAGAACGAGACGCGCGCCACCGUGCGCGCGCCCGCCAUGCAGCAAAUGGUAAAACAACAGUUACCUCUCAAACUGGCGAGUGGGAAAAGCCAACAGCCACCGCCGGGAUAUCACCGACUACACGAGUCACCUAGCGAGCAAACCCAAGGACUAGUGAUCCAUCACACACGCACAGGCAGCUCGCCCGCGCCGCUGCCCUCGCAACAGCAUCUCAACAACAAGGCUACUAGAACAAACACAUAUCCAAAGCUACCAGACAAGUUCCGCGUGCGGUCGCCGGAGGCCGCGCCCGCGCCCCCCGCGCCCCCCGCGCACGCCGCGCACGCCGCAGAGGAGGAGGUCAUCUACUUC